CAGUCACCAUGCAGUGACUUGAUGCCAGCGGCGCAUGGACAUCUGGGAUUCGUCACUCCAUCUGCUCUUCAUCAUCCACCUUCCUUCUAUCUCUGUUCUGCAUCACAGAUUCUCUCCAAGCUCGUGACUCCAUAUCUGAGCCGCACAAGACACGCGUAACCCAACUGCAUCCCGUUGAAGCUAUAUUCCUUGCCUUGCCCUGCUUUGCCAGAGCUUCUCUGAUCCGUGCUUCCCGUUGCUCUCAAAGCUUGAACCAAGCUUUCGCCAAAAUGGCGCCUGGACCAUUCAUUCAGAUCCCAAGCGAUCUCAAGCCGGCCGGCUUGAAUGGCCCAGAGCAGCUCGCGAUCGAGCGCAGAAAGGCGUCCUUUGAUGUGGGUCAAAUGACGGAGUACCUGUAUGGCAAAGAGUAUCUGGAACGUCAAGCGCAGCUCGUCGAGCUCUUGUCGAAAGACCCUGCCCUUGACAAGAGCGGCCUCAACUACAUGGGCAGAGUGGAAAAGUUUAGAGCUGCGCUCAAGAAGGACAAGCGACUGGCUGUGCUUGCCAGAGAGCACAACUGGGACUCGAACACCAUCGCACACGCCGAGAAGCUGUGCGACUUGCCAGGUCCUUUUGGUUUGCACAAGAGCAUGUUCUUGACGACUCUUGAGAGAAUGGGCACGCCAGAGCAGCAGGAAGCCUUUUUGGAGCCUGCAAGGCGUUUCGACAUUAUUGGUUGCUAUGCGCAGACGGAGCUGGGUCAUGGAAGCAAUGUGCAGUUCCUCGAGACUACUGCGACGUACGACGAAGAAGCGAAGGAGUACGAGAUCCACUCGCCAUCGCUGACCGCGAGCAAGUGGUGGAUUGGAGGUUUGGGACGAUCGGCGACGCACGCAAUCGUCAUGGCUCAGCUCGUUCUCAAAGGCAAGUCUUAUGGACCCCAUCCUUUUGUGGUUCCCAUCAGAGAUCCCAAGACUAGAGAGAUGCUUCCCGGCUGCACGAUUGGCGACAUCGGACCCAAGCAAGGCUACCAGACUACGGACAAUGGAUUCUUGCUGCUUGAUCACGUUCGCGUACCUCACUUCAAUCAGCUCGCCAAAUUUGCCAAGGUGGACCUGGAUACUGCUGUCUACGUACCUCCUCAGAAUGCGGCGCUCACCUAUGGUACGCUUACUUGGGUCCGGGCAAAUAUCGUGCAAGACGCCAGGACGAUUUUGAUGCGAUCAGCGACUGUGGCUAUUCGCUACUGCAGCAUUCGACGCCAAUUCGCAGAUAGGGAUGCCCCAGUCUUUUCUGCAUCGGGCAAGAAGGUCGAGAGUCAGGUGCUCGACUACACAAUGGUUCAAGCACGAAUCUUCCCUGUUCUCGCCAAAGCAUUUGCCUUCCACUACACUGCUCUCUACAUGUUCCAGCUAUAUCAAGAAAAUGUGUCGCUCAUCGACAACAAGGAUCUGUCGCUGUUGGCCGAGACUCAUGCCUCGUCAUCUGGACUCAAGGCGCUCACCACCAUCGAAGCUGCAGAGGCUAUCGAGACAUGCCGCAGAGCCUGUGGAGGACACGGGUUCUCGCUCGCGAGCGGACUGUCGUCGUUGUACAACGACUACUUGCCCAACGUGACAUGGGAAGGCGACAGCUACAUGCUUUCGCAACAGACGAGUCGGUACUUGCUCAAGACCAUGCGCUCACUAUACAAGGAUCUCGAGGGACCGCCAAAGUCGUUCACUGUGGACUACAUGCGCUCUUAUCUGCGCGACCCCAACGCGAAGGCGACAAUCGAGUUCAGCGGAGACCUGAUGGACCCCAUCUUCUUCAUCAAGGCGUUCGGGCACCGAGCAGCUUGGCUCGUCAAAGAGACGCUUGAGCUGCGCGACGGGCCGGCGAAGAGGUCCUGGAACAGCCUGUUGAUCGAGCUUUACAAGUGCAGCAAGGCUCAUUCGCAGGCCUUGAUCGUGUACAACUUCAGUAUGGCCAUCUUGAAGGACGAAGCGCUAAACAGUCGGCCAGCUCUUCGGACGGUGAUGCAGCACCUCUUGCUCUUGUAUUGCGCCCACACGAUGCACGAGGAAGGCGCAGAGUUUAUGAGCUCGGGAUACAUCACGCCCAAACAGUACAGUUUGUUGUCCGCCAAGAUUCAAGAGGCUAUGCACUCCAUCAGACCUCAGGCGGUGUCGCUCGUAGACAGCUUUGCUAUUCCUGAUUGGCUCCUCAACAGCGAUCUGGGUUCGUCCAAGGGAGACGUGUACGAGCGCCUCUUUGAACAUGCCGUGCGCGACCCCUUGAACUCGACAAAGUGGAACGUCGACAUUGACAGCGACGUCCUUGAUAUGGACGGCACGCUGCCUCAGAGCAAGCUUUGAGUCUUUGCAGUGGAAUAUCCGAAAUUUAAGGAGACGUGUCCGAUUGGAGUCGUCUAGGAAUGCGCUCCGCAGUGACGGCGUCUCUUGUAAUCCACGACAUAGAACAGAAAUGGCAUUCACCGGUACUCCAUCUUUGCGCAAUGGCA